AUGAGGUCAUACCGGCUGUCGGAGCUGAAGGACGCCGAGAUUAAUGACCUCAAGGCCCGUCCUCGCAUCGAUUUUUCAUCCAUUUUUGAUGUGGUGGGUCAUUUCUUUCCAGUGAAGGAAUUUCAUCUCGGCCCGCAUACUCUAGAGAUAUGUUCGGGGAAACCAUAUUGACUAGUCUUGAUGACUGCCUAAACUAGGUCAAUCCUAUCGUCGAAGACGUCCGUGGCCGAGGUGAUGCAGCUGUCAUAGAGUUGGUUCCUUCUCCUCUGUCUCACAUACUGGCUGGCGUCUUUUUCUCUGACCAAGAAUGGGCAUAAAAUUUUCCUCCGAUAGCUGAGAAGUACCAUGCCCAUUCCACAGAUUGAUAUGAUACUCUCAUAACUAUACCUGAUUCCGUUUUCUUCCCCUUUUUCUCCAGCUACACUGCACGCUUCGACAAGGUGGUGCUCAACAAGAUAGUCGAAUGUGUCGCCGAUCUUCCCGAUCCAGAGGUACGCGUUCUAAAACCAAACAAAAAAACAAGCUUUGGAUGAUUUGAGCUGCUCUCACUCUGGCUCCAAUAAUUCUCCAAGAAAGUGGGGGCCCUCUUGAGAUAUUCUGGUUAGGGGCGUCACAGGGUCAGAUUUGUUAGAUAUGGAACUUUAGCCCGGAUCAUGGAGACUGAAGGGAACCUUUUUACUCUCUUGACUUUUCCAAAAUCGUGCCUUUGGGCUCAGUUUUUUAUUAUCUUUCAAUCACGUGUUAUCAAAAACCCAAGGUCAGAGAUUAAACAACUGAGAAUUAGCAUGUCUGAUAGAGGUUCCCACAUGAAACCCACUCAAUUCAUAUGAUGCGUAGUUGAAUUUGACGUCAUCAGGCUUCACUGUUGCCCCUACCAUUCUCCUUGAUUCACAGGAAACCUUCCAAGUAGAGAGAGUACUAGUGCUGCGGCUGAUAUUGCCUCUGUCAACUCCUGUUGUGGCCGUGGCCCUGGGUCAGAAUCCCACUCACUUUCAUCUUUGUUUGUCCAUAGCACGCCAUUCUCUCUUUCAAGUUCGCAUUUCUGACAGUUUCUAAGUGGAGAAGAAAAAAUUGCCUGGGAGAUCCGAGUUGAAUGCGGAUAGAAAAUCCUUUGGCGAGUUCGGUUCUCAAAGGUUGAUUAUCACUGUGCUCGAUGCUGGUUUGAUUCUCUGAGGAGAAACAGAAAGCCAUCCACACUGGAGGGAUUCGUUAUUUUCAUUCAGUGAGAGCUUAUGCAGUGUUGAGAAGCAAGAAAGAAGAGCUGGCAGCCAUACUCCUGGCAUGUAGAUCGGGAGCUUAUGCCAGCUCUGCAUCCUUCUGCAAUGCUUGCUAUAAAAAGUUGGAACAACGAGAGCAGAAGAGGAGGAUUUGAUCAGCAAACGUCAUAUUGACCUUGUUUGCUCUUAAAUGCAGCUCGAUCCGGCCGUCAAGGAAGCAUUUGAUGUAGCGUACGACAACAUAUAUGCAUUCCAUGUGGCCCAGAGGACUCCCGAGCAGAGCAUCGAGAACAUGAAAGUGAGUCCUGUGAUUCUGCACUGGCGAGAGUCCUUUCCACUGUGCAACUCGCCGCCUCUAGAACAUAUUAACUCUUCUGAGGUAUGGUUUGGUCUAGGCAGGGUGUUAGAUGCAAAAGGGUGGCAAGAUGCAUCUCUUCAGUCGGCCUCUAUGUUCCAGGUGGCACAGCAGUCCUACCCUCCACCGCUUUGAUGCUUUCAGUGGUACGUGGGUCUCCACCCCCCCCUUUCCCCCAUCUGUGUGGAUUCUUUUCUGUGAAAGAUAUCGGACCUCUUGCUCAAUAUAUUGUGUGCAGAAUAUAUGCGCCUCCUGGAAAAAGUUAUGUAAUCUAUGUGGCCAUCAUCUAAUUUGUCUUAUGUUGAUAUGCACUGUGAUAUCUAAUGUGUGAUUAAUCAACUUGGGUUCCUCCAUGCAAGCCAGCCUGCGCAGAUCGCUGGGUGCAAGACUAUGGUUCUUGCGACGCCACCUGGCCGGGAUGGUAGCAUCUGCGGGGUGAGUUCUCAGGGGGGGCAGCCUGUGGCCAUCUCCUGCCAUGGAGGACUUGACGUUGUUCUAUCCUAAUUCUUCUUCUUCUUCUUCUUCUUCUCCAUUUCACAGGAGGUGCUCUACUGCGCCAAGAAGGCUGGCGUCACUCAUAUUCUCAAGGCUGGGGGAGCGCAGGUCCUGCACCAAUGAGAUCUCAGCUGAAUGUGCCGUUUCCAUUGGCAGUCAUGGGGGCAUAUUUAUUUUUUUGCCUCAGUUUUGGGUCGAAUCUUAUUUUUUAUCUUUUUCGCAGGCUGUCUCAGCUAUGGCCUGGGGAACCGCAUCUUGUCCCAAGGUUUGCCGCACCUCCUUGUUGUCCUCAGAAAUGGAGAUGUUGGAAAUAGUCUUCUUUAUUCUUCAUUUUCCCUUGAUGGUGUGUUAGGGUUCUUGGCAUGCUGGUAAAAACCAAAAUCAGAUUUUGGAGCCCAAUUUCCAGCUCCUUCGUAGAUCUAAAUCUUUUUAUACAAUCCUGUGGAGGGAAAUAUCUCACCCUGAGGCUGCAACUCUGCUUGAUCGCCAGGUAGAGAAAAUCUUCGGGCCAGGAAAUCAGUAUGUGACAGCGGCGAAGAUGAUCCUCCAGGUGGGCAGGAUUCUUCAAUCCCCCUCAUUUUUCUCCUCUCUGUGUGCCCCCGAUUUUGGGAGGAGGUAGAUGCUAUGGUGUUAUCCGCGGCAGCAAAGGUUCUCAUUUUGGCUUCUUCCAUCAUUUCUGCAGAACAGCGAAGCCAUGGUUUCAAUAGACAUGCCUGCGGGCCCGUCGGAGGUUCUCGUCAUUGCCGACAAGCACGCCAAUCCAGUCCAUAUAGCAGCAGACUUGCUCUCUCAGGUUUUCCUCCAUUCCUCUCUCUCUCUCUCUCUCUCUCUCUCUCUCUCCCUCUCUCUCUCUCUCUCUCUCUCUCUCUCUCUCACACACACACACACACACACUCUUCCUGCUCACAGGCGGAGCACGGACCGGAUAGCCAGGUGGUUCUGGUCGUAGCCGGAGACGGAGUGGACGUGGGAGCCAUCGAGGAGGAGAUUGAGAAGCAGUGUAACAGCCUGCCGAGGGGGGAGUUCGCCCUCAAGGCCUUGUCCCACAGCUUCAUCGUCUUCGCCCGAGACAUGCUCGAGGUCCCUUCCUUUUCCUCCCCUCCCCCUCUGCAUCCAUGCAUCCGCGGAGGGACAGCAGCUUAUUAUUAGCUGCAUGCAUGCACCCUCUGCCGCCGCCGCCGCCGCCGCUGCUGCUGCUGCCGCCGUCUGACUCUUCCUUACUCUCAGGCCAUCUCCUUCUCCAACUUGUAUGCACCGGAGCAUCUGAUCAUCAAUGUCGCGGACGCGGACAAAUGGGAGGAAUACGUCGAAAAUGCGGGUCAGCGCCUCUGGUCUCCUCUCUCUUCCCUUCUCUCAUCGCUCAUCUCUAGAUCUCUCUCUAAUCAUCGUCGUCGUCGUCAACGGCAGGGUCGGUGUUUCUUGGGCAGUGGACGCCGGAGAGCGUGGGGGACUACGCGAGCGGGACGAACCACGUCCUGCCGACGUAUGGGUACGCGAAAAUGUACGGCGGGGUGGCGCUGGACUCGUUUCUCAAGCACAUGACGGUGCAGUCGCUCACGGCGGAGGGCCUCUGCCGCCUCGGCCCCUACGUCGCCAAGAUGGCCGAGGUCGAGGGCCUCGAAGCCCACCGCCGCGCUGUCACCCUCCGCCUCCGCGACAUCACCGCCGCCGCCCCUGCAACGGUCUAG